AAAAGUAUGGAAUAAGAACCGAAUCAUUCAUUCCCACAAGGAAAGCCUAUAUAACUUGUUGGGAUCAUCAUCAACUGAACAUAAAAACGAAGAGCAAUACAUAAAUAACCCCCUUCUUCGUAAGGUUAAGCACAACCUAGUUUGACGAUUGAUGGCAAAUGCUAGAGGAAGAAUAUCAGGGAUGCUCAUGGGAGAGAGAACUUCGCCAUUAACGCCCACACGAGUGAAGAUUGUCCCUGGUUCUGGCUGGACAGAGGACUCUAAUGGCCAUCAUCUUGUUGUUGAUCUGGAAGGUUUCAACAAGGAGAAGGUGAAGCUGGAGAUGAAUAUUACAGCUAGACAAUUAACAGUCACAGGAGAAAGGCAAGUGAAUGAGACGGAACAUGUGUAUAUUGAGGAAAAUUUUCCGAUACCAGCAAACUCAGAUGUCGAUAAGAUCACUGGAAAGUUUGACGGUGAGAUUCUCUAUGUAACUGUACCAAAGGUUGUAGCAGUAGUACAAGAAACCAAGGAGCCUGAAAUAGUAGAAGCAGUGAAGGAGCCUGAAAUAGUAGAAACAAGGAAGGAGCCUGAAAUAGUACAACCAAAGAAGGAGCCUGAAAUAGUACAACCAAAGAAGGAGCCUGAGAUACUUCGGGAAAAGAAAAAACCUGAGAUACUAGAGAAUCAGAAGGUCAAAGGUGAUGCAUCAGCAAAAAACACACACCCAAGAGCACCCAAACACAAUAACGUAAAGUACACAAACAAAAACAAUGGCACAAAUGAUGCAGAGCCAAACAGAUUAUUAGCCAAUGCUCGGAUAUUCUUUUCUCCAGAGAAUAUAAAGAAGUGGGAGAAAGAUAAUGGCAUCUUAAGAAGUGCAGUAGAGGUGUUGAGCAAAAACAAAGGUAUAGUCAUAACAGCUAUAGUAGCAUUCUCAUUAGGAAUGUUAGUUUCUCACAAAUUCGAAAGAGGAGAAUGAUCAAAGGCUAGUUUUUAAAGCUGGAGUGUGUGAAUAAGUUAUAUAUUCUAUCUGUAAACUCUUGAAUAUCUUACAUGUACAAAUGUAAAUAAUAAAAAUUUCAAUGAA